GAUCAUCUCACGUGGGCAGCAGAAAAUGACCAUGUUACAGGAGUCGUUGUCAUUUGAAGAUCUGUCUGUGGACUUCACACAGAAGGAAUGGCAGCUGCUGGACUCCCGUCAGAGGGACUUAUACAAGGACGUCAUGUUGGAGAACUAUAGCAGCCUAGUGUCACUGGGGUAUGAAGUUAUGAAACCAGAUGUGAUCUUCAAGCUUGAACAAGGAGAAGAGCCAUGGAUAGUAGAUGGAGAAGUUGCCAGUUCAAACUCUCCAGAAGUCUGGCAAGUAGAUGGUCACGUGCUGUGGCAUCAGCAUAACCAAGACAAGCUGAAAAAUACGAAAAGAGGUCAUGGGUAUGAAGUGUGUGGAAAAAAAUUCAAUCUGAGCAUGAACCUUAUCCCUGUAAGGAAAUCACACAUUAAUGGUGACUUAGAUGGAAUAAUUUUGAAACAUCAUUUAGAUUUACUUAUUCCCAAAACUGAUUGUGAAAAAAUAGACAGAGAUGACUUUAAUGUAUUUGAUAAAUUAUUUCUCCAGACCAAGCCUGAGGAAACUGACACUUGGUUGAAAUACUAUGAAUGUGAAAAAUAUGAUAAAAUUAGCUACAAGAAAUCACAGAUUGUCAUCUAUCACAGAACUCGUUUAGGGGAGAAACUUUAUGAAUGCUGUGAAUGUAGGAAACGCUUUAGCAAAAAAUCAAGUCUCAUCAAACAUCAGAGUAGACAUAUAAGAGAAAUAGCCUAUGGCUGUGGUAAAUGUGGCAAAACUUUACCCCCGAAGCCUCACUGCAUGACACAUCACAGAACUCCUACAGGAGAGAAACCCUUUGAUUGUAGCCAGUGUGGAAAAGCCUUCUCCCAGAAAUCACAGCUCACAUCCCAUCAGAGGACACACACAGGAGAGAAACCCUACGAAUGUGGUGAGUGUGGAAAAGCUUUCUCCCGGAAGUCUCAUCUCAUAUCACAUUGGAGGACACACACAGGAGAAAAACCCUAUGAAUGCAGUGAAUGUGGGAGAGCCUUCAGUGAAAAGUCAAACCUCAUCAAUCACCAAAGAAUUCAUACCGGAGAGAAACCUUUUAAAUGUAGGGAGUGUGGGAAAGCUUUCAGCAGGAAGUCCCAACUCAUUACACAUCACAGGACUCACACAGGAACGAAACCCUUUGGAUGUAGUGAUUGUAGAAAAGCCUUCUUUGAGAAGUCUGAGCUCAUUAGACAUCAGACAAUACAUACUGGAGAGAAACCGUAUCAAUGCAAUGAAUGUAGAAAAGCAUUUAGAGAAAGGUCAAGUCUUAUCAACCAUCAGAGAACCCAUACAGGAGAGAAACCCCAUGGCUGCCUUCAGUGUGGAAAAGCUUUCUCUCAGAAGUCACAUCUCAUAUCCCAUCAGAUGACUCACACAGGAGAGAAACCGUUUGUGUGCAGUAAAUGUGGGAAAGCUUUCAGCAGGAAAUCGCAGCUUGUUCGACAUCAGAGAACCCACACAGGAGAAAAGCCUUACGAAUGCAGUGAGUGUGGCAAAGCUUUCAGUGAAAAAUUAAGUCUCACAAAUCAUCAGAGAAUCCACACAGGAGAAAAGCCUUAUGUAUGCAGCGAGUGUGGGAAGGCCUUUUGUCAGAAGUCCCAUCUCAUAUCCCAUCAAAGGACUCAUACAGGAGAGAAACCCUAUGAAUGUGGUGAAUGUGGAAAAGCCUUUGGUGAGAAGUCAAGUCUUGCCACUCACCAGAGAACUCACACAGGAGAAAAACCCUACGAAUGCAGAGACUGUGAUAAAGCCUUCUCCCAGAAGUCACAGCUCAACACUCACCAGAGAAUUCACACGGGUGAAAAACCCUUUGAGUGCAGUUUUUGUGGGAAAGCUUUCUUUGAGAAAUCAGAACUAAUCCGACACCAGAGAACUCAUACAGGAGAAAAACCUUAUGAAUGCAGUGAAUGUAAGAAAGCUUUUAGGGAGAAGUCAAGUCUCAUUAAUCAUCAGAGAAUACAUACAGGAGAGAAACCUUUUGAAUGCCGGGAAUGUGGCAAAGCUUUUUCUCGGAAGUCACACCUCAUACCACAUCAGAGGACUCACACAGGUGAGAAGCCUUAUGGGUGCAGUGUAUGUAGGAAGGCCUUCUCUCAGAAGUCACAGCUUGUUAAUCAUCAGAGAAUUCAUACAGGAGAGAAACCUUAUCAAUGCAGUGAGUGCCUCAAAGCCUUUUCUCAAAAGUCACAACUCAUUAAUCAUCAGAGAACUCAUACAAAAAGGAAACCCUAGGAAUACAACUAAUACGAGUCUUUUACAGAGAUCAGACUUCAUUGAAGGUGCAGUU